GCCCCGCCUACCCGUCGGAGCAACCCAGAGGCCAUGGGGACGCCGAGCAGUCCAGACGAGGGUACCCCGCCGCCAUCGGUCCCAGAAUGCGACGCGCAGGUCCAGCCCCAAGGGGCAUCUCAGCCCCUGGAACACUCGGAGGAUCUCCGCGAUCUCCAGGAGUCUCCUGCGGAAAUUCGGAGCAGAGGAGUUGAGCAGCAGGCGGAAGAAGAGGAAGAAGUAGGAGAAGGCAGCAGCACCGAGAGCAGCCGCGACGCGGCAGAGGCUCCGCUUCCCUCUCAGGACCUGGCUACAUCCCUGGCAUCCAGCCAGCCUGGGGAGGAUGUGCGAGGGGCUGCGAGGCGGCUUCGAGGACAGCAACUAGAGGCCCUGACUCGCGUGGCCCUGAUGGAGCAGCGAGUGAAGGAACUUCAGCGCCAGAGGAAGGAGCUGAGGAUCGAGAUGGAGGUGGAGGUGGCCCUGCUGCGGGGUGAGCUGGCAGGGGAGCGAGUGGCUGCUCGACGGGAAGAGGAGCAGCUGCGGGAGCUGCUGGGACAGCAGGUGGACUCUGAGCAGGGCAGCCGUGAGCAGCGGGAACAGGAGCAGAGGCGUCUGAGCCAAGAGCGGGACCGAGUGGAAGUUCUCCGGCAGAGACUCCAGGAGGCCCAGGGACAGCUGGAGUCACAGCCAGAGGACCAGCGUGAGCGACUUCUGCAGGGGGUGCAGGAGAUGAGGGAACAGUUGGACGUGGCCCAGCGUGCCUACGAAGAUCUGGAGUUCCAGCAACUGGAACGGGAGAGCCGGCGUGAAGAGGAGGAUCGGGACAGCUCUGGGGCCCGGGCCUUGGAUCCCAGGGUCCAGGAACUUCAGGCCAGCGUGGCACAGCACAGGCGCCGGAUCCAGGUCUUGGAAGAGCAGCUCAAGUCUCUAGGGGAGCAAAUGGCAGCAGAGAGCCGGGGGCUGAGUCGGAAGAAGGAAGAGGCCCUGCAGGCCCUGACACAGGAACGCAGCCGACUGCUUGAGCUUAACUGCCUUCAGGGAAAUCCCGAUGGGGACUUCUCUGAGUCCAACCAGGCCCUCACUAAGCUCCUCUUCACUCAGAAGACAGACCGCCAGCUGCUGGUGCUCCAGGACCCCACCGCCCACACUGCUGCCACCUCCUCCUGCCUCUUCUCGGUUCACAGCUCCCUGCAGGGUGCCAUUGGCCUCCAGAGGACAGGAAGCCUGACCCGGAAGAGGGGAGAGAGGACAAGCCAGAGGGGGGACCCCCGCCCUCUCUCCCUCCAUUGUACUGGACCUCUGAAGGCCUCUGCUCUCCCCCCAGCCACAGGGGACUCUGGGAGACAUCCCCUCUAUCAGCUGCUGAACUGUGGCCCUAGGAACAGCUGUGGGGUCCUCCAUCCAGACAUUGCCCGCAUGGAGCAGCUCCUGCAGCAGGCUGUGGCAGAGAGGGAACGGCUUCUCAAGGCCAGGGAAGGGACCAGAAGAAACCCAGAAGUUUCUGCAGGCCCCACUGUCCCUGCCAUCAUGGCCCCGCCCUCGCCCCCGCCCCGCCCUUCUGGCCCUCGGGUCUUGGAUCUUAGGCAGCAUCUGGAACGAUGGGGCCACAACCCAGACAACUGCCCGCAUCUCCGGGUGUCCGGGGGCUGCUGCCGCGGACCCCUGGUGAAGAUGGGCGGCCGCAUCAAGACCUGGAGGAAGCGGUGGUUCUGCUUCGACCGCCAGGCCCGCCGCCUGGCCUACUACGCGGAUAAGGAAGAGACCAAACUCAAAGGUGUCAUCUAUUUCCAGGCCAUUGAGGAAGUCUAUUAUGACCACUUACGCUGUGCCUUCAAGAGUCCCAGCCCUCGCCUGACCUUCUGUGUCAAAACCUAUGAACGCCUUUUCUACAUGGUGGCACCUAGCCCCGAGGCCAUGCGCAUUUGGAUGGACGUCAUAGUGACCGCGGCAGAUGAGAACCACGCCCCCUGAGAGGCUCCGCCCUCUUCUUUGGGGUUGUCCCAGCAAUUACUCCGGUGGUGUCAGGGGCCACGCCCCUUUGGAACUCUGGGGGGGAAUUCUGCACGGCUGGUCCGAGCAGCUAGCAGCGGCGUUCUGGGCUGCAGGUGCCUUCCCCUGAGGGAAGCCAGCCCUUGGGACCCUGUCCCGGGCAGGAAGAAGAUUGCGGGUGCGGAAAGGAACUAUUUAUUGGUGCUCCUGUGAUAUCGAAUUAAA